GAUAAAAUAUUUGUUUAUGUCCACCACUUAGGUAUGAUAUACAUUUAUCAACAUCAAGACAACCACUUAACUAUUUCGUUAAUACAAUCAUCGAGAGGGAAAGGUUUCAUGAAAAGCAGUAUAAUUGUGGAACUUUGAACAAUUUGCUGUUUGUAGUCCCUUUUUCCUAAAGGAACACAAUGGGUAGUAAACGGAAAGUUUGUAUCAUUGGGGCAGGGCCUUGUGGUAUGACAGCAUUAUUUCACUUUGAUCAGAUCGGCGAUUCUUCGACGGAAGUCGUCUGCUACGAGAAAAGUGACACGUGGCUUGGGCUUUGGAACUUUACAUGGAUGACGGGAACUGAUGAAUUUGGAGAACUAUGUCAUGGUGGCAUGUACAAACAUCUUUGGUCGAAUGGUCCGAAAGAAGGCCUAGAGUAUCCGGAUUACACAUUUGAUGACCAUUAUGGAAAAGCUAUACCAUCUUUUCCUCCACGUCGCGUCUUGAGAGAUUACAUGGAAGGGAGGCUUGUCAAGAAAAGUAAAUCAGAUUUAAAGCGUUUUAUCAAAUGGAACACCGUUGUAAGGUAUGUGACCUACAACCAAAAAUCAGAUGACUUUACAGUGAUAGCGGAAGAACUUAAAACAGGUCGCACAUUCGAAAGCAAAUUUACACACGUUAUCGUUGCUAGUGGAAUAUUCAAUAAUCCGAACAAACCAACUUUUGAUGGCAUUGAUACUUUUCCUGGACGAAUAAUUCAUUCGCAUGACUUCCGGGAUGCUGCACAGUUCAAAGGUCAACGUGUGUUGGUUGUUGGAGCUAGUUAUUCUGCGGAAGAUGUAUCAUUACAAUGUUUGAAAUUUGGAGCAAAAAGUAUUGUCACAUCUUAUAGGUCGAAACCAAUGAACUUUAAUUGGCCAGCUGGAAUUGAAGAACGACCAUUAAUAAAGAAAAUUGAUGGAAAAGUGAUCAACUUUAUCGACGGUAGUUCGGCGGAAGUAGAUUCAAUAAUUCUGUGUACAGGUUACAAAUACAGUUUCCCGUGCCUGGACGACAGUUUACGUCUGGUGUCAACGCUGUCGGUGUAUCCUGCUGGUUUAUACAAGGGAUCCCUCUGGUUGAAUGGUGGUAACAGAAAGUUGUUUUACAUGGGAACCCAGGACCAGUACUUCUCCUUCACAAUGUUUGAUGCACAGGGACUAUGGAUAUCUAGGUUUAUUACUGAAACUUUACCGAACGAACCAAAGAGCAUUAAAGAAAUGAAGAAAGAGGAGCAAAAAUGGGUACAAAGACGUAAAAACGUUGAAGAUUGUCAUGAUGACAUUGACAUACAAGCCGAUUUUAUUCAAGAUCUAAGCGACGGAACUGGAUAUCAUUCAGAUGCACCAAAGGCUGGAGCAUUAUUCCACAAGUGGGAGCAUGAUAAAAUGGCGAAUAUAAUCACUUACAGAGACCAGCCAUUUAAAUCGGUAUUUUCUGGUACUAUGGCUGCUCAGCACAAACCAUGGUUUCAGGACUUUGACGAUUCAAUUGCUUCCUUUGUCAAAUAGGUAGAGCUACACAGUAAAAUAUAUGAAAUCCUAUUCAUGUUUAAAUUAGGGAAAACUACAUUUUGAGCAAGAAAACUGAUCAUUCAUAAUCUUGAGGAUGUUUAGAAUAUAACAAUGUGUUUAAUAUGUGUUCUAGGGUUUAUCAUAUGAUAAUGUUCAUUUCUUUUAUAAAGAUAUACACAUACAGUCCUCAUGGUGUAACAGGACAGCAUUACUCAAAUAUGUUUCAUAGAGUUAAUGUUCUUUGUAUAGUUUUUGCAUAUUAUAUUAUAAAUACGUAAAUGUUU